AAUGGUUCCUCACCCUUUUUCCAGUUUCCUUCUCUUUUUAUUUAAUAAACAACAAGGAUCUCAAAGUUUUGCUUCUCUUCCACUUGAAAUUGUCUUUCAAAUUUUUGAUUUCAGUUCACCCAAGGAUCUUGCAAAUAUUUGCGUUCUCAAUCGUCUUCAUUUUAACAGAGUGUCGGCAUAUUUAAAUUCUGAGCGAUUUGUUGUUCGGUUCCGAAAGAUUUUUUCUUCAACAGCCAAGGAGUCCAAUUCUGAUUUUCCUCCAAAUGAUUUUGCUCGUUUGAUCCGGUUAUGCUGUUUAUUGAGGGGAAAAGCUCCUAAUGCUAUUAGCUGUUCAAAUUUUAUUAUUCAACUUUAUCAAAAAAUUGAUUCCUACGACAAAUAUCAUGACAAAAAUUAUUGGGGUAAAUUGAUAACGAAGAUUUCUUUUGAUUGGUCUCAAUCGCACUUUAUUUCAUUUAUGAUUAUGUUUGUUGAGUCUACCGGUCUAUUAACUCGAGUUCGCAAUUUCUUCAGAUCCAAGAAAAAUAAUGAAGUUGAAGAAAUGGCUUUGCGGCGAAUAAUUUUGGCUCUUUUUUUGAAUGAUUGUUCAUUUUCAACCAAUGAUAACUCCUCUAAUGUUAUUCAACAAGUUGGUUUUCGCCUUUCGGCUAUUCUUCAUUUAUUUGGGGAAAAUGGAGAACACAAAUAUCGUUUAAUGCUUAUGUUGGCCGCUCCAACAACUACACGCUUGGAUCAGGAGAAUGAUGGAAAGUUACAACCAAUGGAAUUUGUUAAUUAUCAACGAAUUGUUGCUGACCCAAUAUUUGAUCGGCAAAGUGCCCAAACCUACCUGGGAGAAUUACCUCAACUUGUAGAACAGCUUCUAUUUACAAAGUCACUGGAUAUGAAGGAAUUGCGUUGGAAUGAAUUGGAAUUGUUUAAUUUUCUGGAAUUAUUGACUACUUAUCCAGAGCCUUGGGUUUUACGAAAUUUUGCUUCAUUGCUUAUUUUGGCACCUGGCCUUGCAAAAAUUGCCAUCUGCAUUCGAGCAUUACAUGGGGAUCCUGCAGAGGCAGGAAAUACUUUGUUUAGUUGCUAG